AACGGAGCAAGGACGACGUGAUGCGUGCCUACGCGUGUCUCGCGGCGCUGGCCGCGACGAAGGUGGCCGCGCACCCCCUCUGUUACUUCGACGACAGGCCGACGGAUUAUGACCAAGUUCUCACCUUCUGCGACAACUCGAUCGCCAUGUCCGGCGCUUGCUGCACGGAUGAGGAAGAGGGUCAGGUGGAGGCCAACUUCGACGCCGCCUUUGCGGAAGGCGUGGUGCCCAGCUCGGAGUGCGCUGCUCUCUACAAGGAGGCCCCUACAAGAACGGUCCUCCGGCGGUUGUCACUCUCGCGCGCCGUCUGUCUUGAAGACGAGGUUCGCCUCUCUGCUGUCGGGCUUGUGCGCUUUUAA